AUGGCUGGUCCACUGGCGGAGAAGCUGGUGCAGCCUGCAGUCAAUCCCAGACAUCUGGCAUACUGCCCAUCUAUGGACUUGAUUGCAUUGGCGUCGAUUGACGAGCAUAUUUAUGUCUACAGAUUGAAUGGGCAACAGGUCUUCGGCAUUGCAAACAAACAAUCUGGUAACGGAAUAAAGCAAAUCAAGUGGAAACCUAGUGGUCAAUCACUUGCUACUGCAUACGACAAUAAUUUCCUUAUUCUGACAAACGCCCAUACCGGAAAAACGGUUCACCAGAUAGACUGCUCUGCGUACUCGAAGUCCCAGAUAUGCUGCCUAGGAUGGGGCAUCAAUUUUACUGACGGUAACAAAGUUGGCUGGGAGCUCGAUAAAUUCAAAGAUGGAGUGACCUUGGAUGAUAUGAUAAGUCAGAAUCCUCGAGUGAAGUCCAUGGAUAGUGUGCCAAAUCUACCUCUGGACCUAGCUUUGCUUGAUGUAGAGGCAUCCUUGCCUAAGCUGAGUCCUUUGUCUCCUGGAGGAAUUGAGGAUGACAUCUUCAGUUCUCGAGCAUCGUUAGACACUUUGUUUCAGCCGCUGACAAUUGGCUCGACUGAUUCUGCAGACAUCCUUCUUGUCGGGUUUGAAGAUGGUACUGUCCACCUCAGUAUCUAUGACUCCUUUGAGAUCGGUAGUUUCAACCUGCAGCAGGCGUCUCGUGGAUUCCGGAACUGCAGACCGAUUUUGCACUGCUCUCACCCCUAUUCUACGACUCAUUCCAUGCUCGUUUCAGCUCCCAUCGAAGACCAAGAAGAACUGCACAUCGUGCCACUUGAUCUCCGCUUGCUAUCGAAUGCUGGAAGAUAUUUGUCCUUGUUGGCAUCAAAAUCUACACAGCUCCACAACGUCCUACGCUACAUUCAUCAAGUCCAACGACAAAUGUAUCAUGAUUUCAAAACCUCUCGAGACUUGCCCAGCAAAUACAUCGCCAACAUUGAGGAGAGUUUACAAGAGCAGGCAGAUUACAACUGGAUGCAAGCUGCGUAUCAUCUCGUCGUCACUGGGGAUUGCUAUCCUGAAGUCAAAGAAUGGUUAGUAGAUCAGUUGGGAGAAAGGGGACACAAGCGAUGGGAGAAGGCCACAACGACUGGUUACGAAAGUGUGCGGCGCCUCGCUCAUGAGAAUCUGCUGCCUGCACUAGAGAGGUUCACCGUUCUCGUGAGCCGGCUUCGUGGCUUGUCGAGGUUCCAACUCUCAAAUGCCAAUCUUGGGCUGUCAACACAAGAAUUCGACGAUGUUUUAGACACUAUUAGUUGUCUCCAACUUAUGGCACACCAGAUCCUUAUCACUUCUGGUUCGGAACUCCGUCAAUUCCUUGCCUUUUCCGCUUGGCUGCGCCAGGAGAUUGAAAUCCAGGCCUCCGAUGCAAGCGUGGCAGAGUUCGCAGAGAAAGAUGUCAACCUUGAUCACGCUAGUACGCUCGAGUAUAUCCAAGGCGCCAUGACGCAAAGUCAACUUGCCAGCUUCUUCAUCUUGGAAGCGCGUGCGGAGGAGAAACCCCCACGGGAUCUGGCAGGGGAAGGAAGGUCCUUGUUCGAGCUAUCCAAACGGGGGCUCCAGAACGCCAGCAGGGAAGACUCCUCUGCCAGCCAACUUCCCCCUCUUGAUGCACUGAUGAAAAAACUUGAUACGCAAUGCAAUGUUAUUUUCAAAAGGAUUGCAGAAACGCAGAGAAGAAGUGUGAGAUUCGGUGCGCCCGUUUAUCUUCAAAAGGGCGUCCCGUCCUGUAUGGACAUGAGGAUGUUGCAUGAGCUUGUUGGGGAGAAGAAAGAAUUGGUCCUUUACGUAGUUCUAGGUCCUGUGACUCAUCAAAGCGAUGUGCGUAUCUAUAGAAUCGUGUUGGAAAUCAAGAAUGGGAUGAGCUCUACAAAGAGCGUGGAAGGUGCUGUAAUCAAGACGGCUAGUUGGGAGUUCAGAGAUGUCAAAUUCGUCGAUGAUGAUGAAUUGGUGUUGGCUGUCUCCGCAGAGUCUUCUUCUCAGCUUUUCAGAAUCCCAUACCGAGAAUCAGCCAAUGCCUCCGGUAAAUUGGCGUAUGCUACGAUCAACGAAAGGAACGUCGGGCAACGCAUGGAUGGCAAUACUGACCAUUCCAGCAUUGACCUUUCGAGACCAGACGUCGCCAGCGCAUAUAUGUGGCAGGAAUUUCCGGACGGAGUCUCUUGGACUCCAGAAAGAAUGGAGGUCAAUGGUAGGAAGGGUAGACGGGUUAUCUGUGUGCUUGCUCAAGACAGAUUCCAUUACAGAGUAUAUGACUUAGACGGCUCUUCGAGUGGUGGGGAAGUCCAAGAUACUAGGACUGAGGGCAGUGAUGAGGUCAUGUCUUGA